AUGGAACGAUCUAUAACCUUGCAAGCGUCAGAAUUGUUCUCUAGGCUCUCACAUAAGCAGUUAACAAAUUCAAACUAUGAUUUAGUCGGAGAAGAGAAGUUAAUACGAGGCAGCACGCUGAAUGAUUUAUCUCCAACUCAAUGCAUGUACUUCUCCAAACCAAAUGCAUCUGCGUUCGUACCAAAUAGCACUGAAAGCUUGAGGACGUAUAAGUUGCCCGUUGGAAAACCAAAGACUAAAGAUUCAAGGCUGAAGAAAGUCAUACAUGAUAAGAGUAAAGUUAUCGGGACAAACUUGAGCGAAGGCUGGCGCCAUCACUAUGUCCCUGCCACUCUAGAUGAAGUUUUUAAAUUGAAUGAUCUAUUCUUGGCAGUUGACGAGCAACUUUCCAAGGAUGCAAUAAAAGCAGAUCAAAGCAUAGUCUCACUACGUAGAAUCUUACUUCUUUUAAUGACUAUUCCGUUGCAUCCUACAAAAUCGUAUACAUUCAAUAUCAUACCCUGGAACAACCUUCUCAUCAUAGACUUUGAUUCUACUGAAGAUGAAUUGGUAGAAGGAUUACAAAAAUUGGGUAUUGACAAAAAAGAACGUACUCCCUCCUGGGUCACUGAGUUACAAUACACGGGGUUCAAGUUUGAGGAGGCUGUUACCUGUAGAGCAAUACAAGAAGAGGAUAAGAUCACUGACGGUGAGUCUUUGUCAAGCUUUUACACGUUUACGAGGCAUCAAGUAGGCUCUGUCCCUGUCUACUGCACUGCAGAAAUUGAUGCUACGAUUAAGGGUAAUAGUAACUUAGCUUCUUAUAUUGAAUUGAAAACACAUACAAAAGGAUCUACCUUAGAUUAUGGUCUUACGAGAAAACUAGUGCAAAGCUGGUGUCAAACAAAGUUUAUCAAUGGCAAGUACCUUUCAAUUGGAUUCAGGAAGAGGGAUACCACCAAUACUCACUUUAAAUUGGCUGCAAUUAAAACCUACCAGACAAAUGAUAUCCCAGACAUAGUACAGGCAUAUCCCAUAUAUAUGAAUAAAGAUGACAAAGGUAGCCUUAUAACUUGUCAAAAACUAUUGAGAUGGUACCAAGUCGUAUUAACUUGGAUUGCGAGAGAGUGUAGCGAUAAGAAAACAGGCUAUAAAUUAAGAUAUUGCGACGAUAAGCUAACCUUAGCUCCACUAAGUUCUACCAUACAUAUCCAAAAAGAGAAAAUUCCAUCCUGGUUCAGAGCAAAGUAUCCUACAACGACCUAG